AUGGCAAACAGAAUCAUGCCUGUGUCUCACUAUCCAAUCCCUGGUGCAUUUCUGAUGGGGGAUGCAUUGAAUAUGCGACAUCCUUUAACAGGAGGAGGAAUGACGGUGGCGCUUUCUGAUGUUGUUCUACUGCGAGAUCUUCUUAGACCUCUGAAUCAUCUUAGUGAUGCAGCUGCACUUUGUAAAUAUCUCCAAUCUUUUUCCAUUCUGCGUAAGCCAAUGGCAACUACAAUAAACACGGUGGCAGGUGCUCUACACACAGUGUUCUCUGCAUCGGAGGAUCCAUUAAGGAAGGAAAUGAGACAAGCAUGUUUCAACUAUUUUUGCCUGGGAGGUGUAUUUUCAAAUGGAUUGAUGUCUCUUCUCUCUGGGAUGAACCCUGACCCAUUGAGGUUGGUUUUCCACUGCCUUGCCUUGGCUGUCUAUACUGUUGGUCGCUUAUUGCUUCCACUUCCUACGCCAAAACGCAUUUGGAUUGGAACAAAACUAAUUUUGGUUGCAUUAGGGAUCUUCCUUCCUAUAAUCAAAGCAGAAGGAAUUAGAGCAACAUUCUUCCCAGUAACCAUGCUAGCUUACUACAGAACUCCUCCCACAAAGCUGGAGGAGGGCCCAUAUCCUCCCUGUUUGGCAAAAAAAAUCCGCACGCGAAUUUCACUGAUUGCUAGAAAACAACCAAAAUCGUGCGAGAUAUGCAUACUUCAGAUGCCAGCUGAGUUAUUCGAUGCAUUCAUCUGUGCAAUCGAUAAGGGCAACAUAAGAACAAUGCCAGACAGAAUCAUGCCUGUGUCUCACUAUCCAAUCCCCGGUGCGUUUCUGAUAAGGGAUGCAUUGAAUAUGCGACAUCCUUUAACAGGAGGAGGAGGAAUGACAGUGGCGCUUUCUGAUGUUGUUCUACUGCGAGAUCUUCUUAGGCCUCUGAAUCACCUUAGUGAUGCAGCUGCACUUUGCAAAUAUCUCGAAUCUUUUUCCAUUCUGCCUAAGGUUGCAUUAGGUAUCUUCCUCCCUAUAAUCAAAGCAGAAGGAAUUAGAGCAACAUUCUUCCCAGUAACCAUGCUAGCUUACUACGGAACUCCUCCCGUUUCUUGA